AUGGAUAACAUUGUUGUACGUGGAAACAAAAUGGUCAUACCGACAAGUUUGCGGAACCGCAUGCUGACACUAGCCCAUGAGGGCCACCCCGGUGAGUCCCUUAUGAAGAGGAGAUUGCGAGAUCGGUUGUGGUGGCCAGGUAUGGAUCGUGAUGUCACCAAAUUCGUAGUUGCGUGUGAAGGUUGCCGACUGGUAGGAUUGCCAUCCAGGCCCGAGCCUAUGCAGCGACGUCCAUUGCCAUCUCGACCAUGGAUUGACGUUGCUUUGGACUUUCUCGGCCCUCUUCCAUCCAGGGAGUAUCUUUUGGUCAUAAUCGACUACUACUCGCGAUAUAAGGAAAUCGAAAUCAUGAGUAGGAUUACUGCAAAGGCAACAAUUGAUCGUUUGAGCCGUAUUUUCACUAGAUUAGGGUAUCCCAUGACCAUAACUCUAGACAACGCACGGCAAUUCAUUAGUGCAGAGCUAGAACAGUUCUGUUCAGAACAUGGAGUCCAUCUCAACAACACAACCCCUUACUGGCCUCAGGAAAACGGCCUGGUCGAGCGGCUGAAUAGGUCCGUCCUCAAACGGCUCCAGAUAAGCCAAAGUCUACAACGCGAUUGGAAGGCUGAUUUGAAUGACUACCUCAUGAUGUACUAUACGACACCACAUAGUGUUACCGGCAAAACCCCAACGGAGUUAUGCUACAGCCGCACUAUAAGAUCUAAACUGCCUUCACUGCAGGACAUUGAAGUUACUUAUCGUGACGGUGAAGUUUCUGAUCGCGAUCAGCUGGCUAAACAGAGGGGAAGGAAAGAGGGGAUCAAGAUCGGCGUGCUGCUCCAUCGAAUAUCCAAAUCGGAGACGAUGUACUGA